AUGGUGACAGUGUGGAUGAGCCUGGAAGAGGAUGACUGCAGUGGGAAUAGAUGGAUACAUGCCAGUGAAAAAGGACUAUUGUCUUUCAAGUGUAAGGAGGGUUUUCCAGCUCUAUUUUUGGACACUGGAAACAUUAUUUUUGCUUGUCUUCUCAAUGCACGGUGUGAAGGGCCGGGCAGCAACGCAGCGCCUCCGGGCAGCAGCAAGGGUGGAGGAGGUGGCGGUGGAGGAGGAGGAGGAGGAGGCAGCGGGGCGGCGUCGGAGCAGGACCGGGUGAAGCGGCCCAUGAACGCCUUCAUGGUGUGGUCCCGCGGGCAGCGCCGCAAGAUGGCCCAGGAGAACCCCAAGAUGCACAACUCGGAGAUCAGCAAGCGCCUGGGCGCCGACUGGAAGCUGCUGAGCGACGCGGAGAAGCGGCCCUUCAUCGACGAGGCCAAGCGGCUGCGGGCCGUGCACAUGAAGGAGUACCCGGAUUACAAAUACCGGCCCCGCAGGAAAACCAAGACCUUGCUCAAGAAGGACAAGUACUCGCUGCCCGGCAACCUGCUGGCCCCCGGGCCGGGCGGCGCGGUGAGCAGCCCCGUGGGCGUGGGGCAGCGCCUGGACACCUACGCGCACAUGAACGGCUGGAGCAACGGCGCCUACUCGCUGAUGCCCGAGCAGCUGGGCUACAGCCAGCACCCGGGCAUGAGCAGCCCGCAGCUGCAGCAGAUGCACCGCUACGACGUGCCCGCGCUGCAGUACAGCCCCAUGAUGUCCACGGCCCAGACGUACAUGAACGCUGCUUCCACCUACAGCAUGUCCCCCGCCGCCUACGGCCAGCAGCCCGGCACGGCCAUGAGCCUGGGCUCCAUGGGCUCCGCGGUGAAAUCCGAGCCCAGCUCGCCGCCGCCCGCCAUCGCCUCGCACUCGCAGCGGGCCUGCCUGGGAGACCUGCGGGAUAUGAUCAGCAUGUAUCUCCCGCCCGGGGGGGACGCCACAGACCCUUCCAGCCUGCAAGGCAGCAGGUUGCACAGCGUGCACCAGCACUACCAGAGCGCCGGGACUGGGGUGAACGGCACGGUGCCGCUGACUCACAUCUAAGGUGUCCCGACGGGGACGGGGGGCAGACCCCGUCCUUAGACGUGUGUCCCACCCUCCUCUGGGACCCAGCGAGCUGCCCGCAGCGCCUCUUCUGCCCCUUCUCCGGGUCUCCUAUGAAUAUUUUAUUUUUCAACGAAAAAAAACCAACACCCAGGUCCUUGUCUCUUGUGCCCUCGGGGGGUCUCACCCUCGACCCCCAGCUCCGAUGUUUACACAUGGCUUGGUUCUC